AUGGCAGCAACCCCGCCUCCGCCACCAGUCACUGGGGUAGAGAUCGUCAAGGGUGAAGGCCUUGUAGCACAGCAACAGUUUGAAAGGGGCGCUCUCAUCCUCACAGAAGAUCCGCUGGUCAUGUGCGACACAGGCAAAGGAUUCAGUACUUGGGACAAAGAAGCCGGUGCUUUCUACCAAGAACAGCACGAAUACAGUAAGUCAAUAUUGUGGAAAGCAUUCAAUAACCUCGAACUUUUCGACCAAGGAGUCUUCAACACCCUCUACACUACCAAACGCAAGGCGUCAAAGCUAGAGUAUGUCGUGGAUGCAUUUCGACACAACGGAUUCCAGUUCGGCUUUCGCAACGUGAACAACGCUCACGUCAUCCUCUACCGUUUCAUCUGCGCAGCCUACCACUCCUGCAUCCCUAAUGCAACGGUCAUGAUCAACGAAUUCGCUCCCGAUGAAACGCUUCACCCAGGCCAAGCUCGACUAGUUGCUACACGCGAGAUACCCGCCGGUAGCCCGAUCGUAAUCGACUACAUCCCGAAGCUCUGGAAAGAGGACAGCGCCGCUCGCCAACAGGCUCUAAUGGCGCGUUGGGGUUUCGACUGCAAUUGCGAAGGGUGCAAGCCUGCAAAAGCCGUGAUGGAUGCAUCGGAGCGGAGUAUCUGCAGGACGUAUCAUGAAAAAGGUCUUCGCUUGAGCGCAGCAGAACUUCGUCUCUAUAUCGGGUUCAUGAGUAAGCUGGGCAAGUGGGACAAAGAUCUAUCGCGGCUAUGUCUUCGACUGGCACACGACCACGAGACCCGCGACGAGUAUAGAGAAGCAAUGCAUAUUGCUCAAAGUGGCCUUCUCGUGGAGCAGCACUUCUACUUGAAAUGUCACUAUGGCGAACUGUCAAGAAUAUGCGCUGACUGUUUUCUGGAAGACAGAAACUUGCAAGCUGAGUACCGAGAGACUGAGAGGGCUGCUCGUAUCUUCCUGGAGUAA